AGAUUAGGAGCUAGAAACGAGUUAAGGUUCCAAGCUGUCUCCAAAUAAAAACUUUCUUUAAGAUACUUGGAAUGCCUAAGAGAACCCUUGCCGAAAAUCCAAGAUGAUGAGAGACCAGGAUUCCUUGUCCGCAUUUCCAGAAUAUCAAAAUACAUAUCUCAGAAGAGCUUCUCCACCAGGUAGUCCCUCAACAAGAAAAUGUUGCUACGAACAAAAAGAUCUAUAUUUGAAGGACCAGCCAUCAUUUUUUUGCUGUUGCUACUCCUGUCCAGGACCAAGGUCUACAUCUAUACUAGCAACGUUGGGAGUGUGCUGUUUAGUUUUAGGAUAUACUAUUAUAGGAGCAUUUACAUUUAUGGCCUUAGAAGGAGAUCUGUACCAAGACACAGCCGUAGCCGCCUCAAAAACUAACCCAAAAAGCGACACUAAUAUAAUAGGAACAUUACGCGAAGAGACUGUGAGUCGACUAUGGAGCAUCACCGAAGACUUGAACAUUCUGUAUAAAGAAAACUGGACAAAGCUAGCCGCGGAGGAGGUGCUGGUAUUUCAGGAUGCCUUAUUUAAAGCCCUGAAAAGUAGUGAACACAGUUAUAGUGCGCAAGUGUCAGCUUAUCAGCAAAACAAUUCGCACAAGUGGAGUUUUAGUUCCAGUUUUUUGUACUCUUUGACUCUCAUUACUACUAUUGGUUAUGGCUCAAUAUCUCCCAGAACGCCAUGGGGUAAAAUAAUGACAAUUAUUUACGCUCUUAUCGGCAUUCCAUUAAUGCUGCUAUACCUAUCCACCACCGGGGACGUUCUUGCCAGAAGUUUUAGGAGGCUCUAUGGAAAAAUAUGCAAGAGAAGACCCUCCAAUGUUGACCAUAAGUCCGAAUUACAACACCAACAACAGCGAUGCCCAUGUACGAAUAACGUUCGAGUUCCAGUGACAUUAUGUUUGGUGAUUGUGCUGGCCUACAUCUGUUCCGGAGCCAUGCUUUUCAAUCGAUUGGAAAAUUGGUCAUUGCUGGAUGGGAGUUACUUUUGUUUCACCAGCCUAGGUACGAUAGGCUUUGGAGACUUAUUACCUGGAGAAAAAACAGAGGAAAUCUCAUUAUGCGCAUGCUCGGCCUACAUAUUAACCGGCAUGGCCCUAGUUGCUAUGUGUUUUAGUUUGGUGCAGGAUCAAGUCAUUGCUUUGUUAAGGUAUCUGGGAAGCUCUUGCUCUAAGCCUCUCCAUGUAAACCAUCAGCAAAAAGACGAUGAAAUCCUCAGUUCGGUGUUGCCAGAUUCCUGACAAAGGCCUACUACGGAAGGAGGAGCAGCCCCUUCUAAGCUCAUAGAUCGCAGAUCUCCUCCAAUAAUUCUGCAUAAUAGUUUACCACGAAAAAGCAACGGGAACUUUCAGAGAAACACACCUGCGAGACGAUCGGCGGCAGGAGUUGGUACGGAACCUUUGAUCGAGUACUUCGUUCCUCGUAGCAUGAGUGACUUCGACUUGUCGGUAGCGGUAGCAGAUUCGCCACAGUUGCCAAAUUUUCUACCUCUCACUGUGAGAACGUCGAGAAAAAUGUCCAAUAAUUCGACGAAACAAAAGGAAAAAAUGGUCACUUUUGAAGAUGAGAUGGAUUCUCGACAAAGUAAGACGACGGACCUUCAAGACGUAUUCAUGUGACAAAAGGCGUAGCAAUUACCGCACGACGUGACCACCACGCUGGCCGACUUGGCCAACCUGGAGUCCGUCAAGAAAGAGCUAAAAGCCUUCAAGAAUUUUAAGUUAUGUGAAGACCUAAAGCGAUGUGAGGAUAAUUGUCCCUGCAAUAAGGAGCACGACUGCGAUAUUUGUAAAGUUUUGGAUUUUACGUUAAAAAAGGACAAAUUAUAGUUAAGGGUGUUGUUGGAGGGGGACGGGGAUAGUGGUAGUAGCAAAACAAUCAACUCUAAAAAUGGUGAAAGUUCCGAUAAUAGUGAGGAGGACGGGAGUGCUGUAAAUAGUAGGUAGAAAGUGUGCUCUUUUUUGGUUUGUUGCUAGAUAUAGGUUUUGGUCAACGUGAUUUGUUUUUAUCACUGGUCGCAGUCAUACCUAUUUUCCUUACCAAGGUACUAAGGUAUUUAAACAAUUUAGAGCCUUACUGACUUAGUAAAGCUUUGAAUACCUUAAGUCAACAUUCAUCUACUAAAUUGUUAUGAAUUUUAACAAAAAACUUUUGUUUUUUGAACAUUAUUCUCAGGCCAGAAAGUGGAAAUUGAUGGAUAGAAGCCCAAGGAUUUGUCUCUUUAUAGGGAUGUCAUAAGGCGCAAUCAUGGGACCACUCUAUACCAAGUUUUUUAAGCAUAAUGGUAUUUAAAAUUGUUCUAAAAUGGUUGGAAAUCAGUCUGUAGAUCCCUUUUGUAAUAAUUUGAAAAAAUUUUCAACCUGAUUUUAAAAACUGUAUUUUGGUGAAUAGAGAGAUCGAGCUAAAGCCGAUUUUUUGGAGUGCGAUUGAAUGAAAAUGAGUCUUUAUAUAAAACUUAAAUUAAAAAAAAUUGAGAGUAUUAACUAUUAUUCAAAAUUGAUUAAAAAAAAUUAAAUCAAUACUUAGGAGAAAUAAAUCUUGUCAAGAUAUAGCUCAUAAUAGGCUCAAACAUAUUUAUUUGAACGCACAAAUGUUUAAAAUUAAAUUCGAAAUUUGAACUUAAAAGUAGUUUUUCAAUUUCACAUUUCAAAUUUUAAAAAUGUUUGCACUCUAAAAUUUAGACAUAUUGCUUGCUGCUCUGGUUGUAGUGAAAUAAGUAAAGCAGAUUACUGGGAGGUUAAAUGAAUUAAAGGUUAGUUAAAAUUAAUUACCAAUCUACAUGUCAAAGAUAAUGUCGAAUUAUCAAGUGAUACUUGUUAGUGUCAAUAAUUCUGUUGCUCGUUAACAUUUUUGUAAUUAAUAGAUAUGUUAAAUCGUUUACUAAAAUUAAGAAAACGGAAGCUGGUUUAAAAUAUUAUAAAAUUAUGUUUCAAUAUACCUAUUACAUUUUACUUUAGAUAGAGUUUUAAAUAAAAUAACAAAAUAACUAAUUUGAGAGUAAGUUUUGAAAGCAAUAAACUAAUUCGUUAAAUAGAAAAACAGUCCUUAAGAAAUAAGUUGACUCUGAAACAGUAAGGCUGGAUCUGUAUAACUGAUGCAUAAACUGUAAGUAAACUUCAAAAACUUACCAAAAUGUAAACAUUAAGGGAUCAAAACCAGUUUAAAAACAAAUCACUUACAUUUUAAUAAAUAAAACAUAUAUGUAUAAAUGUUUUUACUAAAUACUUUUCAGUGUACUGAACAUUAUAUUACUCUUCUCGAGCACUUUGUAUAAUAAAACAAAGUGUUUAUAUAAUAAAUCUGCUCUAUUAAACUGUAAAUACCAAAUAUUAUAAUAUUAUAGUUAAAAUUAAUUUACGUUUGUUUUGGUACUACU